CUAUUUUUUUGGUGGAAAUAUAUAUCGUCUUGCCUAUCUCUCUCACACAUCUUUCCACGUUUUUCUAAAAUCACAGACGGCGGAGAGUAAUCGCUCGGAAAAGAGAAAGGGUUUCUUUGAUUCAUGGAUACACGUGCAGGCAAACGAUUAGUUGACCGACUGGCUGUUCCGCGAAAAGCGAGUGGUCUUGUUCUGCGUGAGAAUAUGAACAAGAAAGAUGAUAAGAAUGUGCCUUUCUGCAGCCGAAUUGGCUGUAGUGCGAAGGUAACUUCCACCAAAGGAACUCGGAUUGGCUCUACAGGAAACAAUACAAAAGUUGGUCGGCCUCCGAUUUGUUCUUCCUCAAAUGGAAAGGAAAUUGUUGCGAGUUCAUCUCGAACUCCGGGUGGAUUUGGAUACUUAAGAAAACUAGCCAAAGGUACUGCCAAGAGACAGCCCUCUUCUAAUUUGGACACAAAUUCUUCAGAGACGAGCAGUAUUAGUGAUGAUCCAGCUGCAGUGGAGCCCAUCCUUCCACGCAAACAGACUAAAAGAGACAUAAUCAAUGUUCAGUCUCAAAACACUGUUUCUGGAGAGGUCGUAAUGGCAAAGGCUGGAAACUCAAGUAGAGGAACCAUCAGAAGUAGUCAUCAGAAAUCUGACUUACGCACUCGAGAUGCUCUAAUGGGUCACUCUGUUUCUUCAUCUUCUGGUAGCGAGCACACUGUUAGAGGUGGUCUGAGCAGGAACAUGAGGUGCAACUCUGUGUCUGAUGUUCUUCGAACUCAUUCAACCCCGGGAACAAAAAUCACUUUGACUAAUAAGAAAAACUCUGAUGGAGAGAGCAGCUCCUUUAGCAAAGGCAAUAAGACUAGCGUGCCGGUGGUGAAGGGUAGGAGUCAAAGUUCUUCUCAUGGUAAUGGCAUAACACUUUCUGAUAACAGAAGGAAUCGAAUAGUACCAACUAUCAGGGACAACAGUGUUGUUUCAAGUAGUGGUAGUAGAACUGGUUAUUUUGGUAGAUCAGGGCGACUUGGAUCUGUUGCAUCCCCUGCCACUUCUCGACAAACACCUCGUCCUGCAACACCAACCGAUCCCACUCCUUCUCUUUCAUUUAGUCCAUCAAAUAGUUACACCAGGCCGAACAGUAGUACUGGCAGGUUACGUAGCAUGAUGCCUGGUAGCCCCUCAGAAGCUGACCCUUCACGCUCUUUGGAGAACCGGGAUGGUUUAAGUCGCUACAGCAUUAAUGGAAUUGCAGAGGUAUUGUUGGCCCUGGAAAGAAUUGAACGUGAUCAAGAGCUUACCUACGAGCAAUUGGCUUCUUUAGAGACAAAUCUAUUCUCAAAUGGUAUGAUCAGCUUCUACGAUCAGCAUAGGGAUAUGAGGCUUGACAUUGAUAAUAUGUCAUAUGAGGAACUACUAGCUUUGGGGGAUAAAAUGGGUACAGUGAGCACAGCUCUAAGCGAAGAAGCACUCUCGAGAAGCCUCAAGAAGAGUAUUUAUCUGGAGACGGAUGAAACUUGUGCCAGUUCUCUGAAUAAGGAUGAUGAUAUCAAGUGCAGUAUUUGCCAGGAAGAGUAUAUUGCUGGAGAUGAAGUAGGGACUAUGCCAUGUGAGCAUAUGUACCAUGUGAGCUGUGUACAACAAUGGCUGCGGAUGAAGAAUUGGUGCCCUAUCUGCAAAACCUCUGCGGAAGAGGAAAAAUCGUUGUAGUUGAUAAUGCCACACCCAACUUUAGCUUUGUGGGAUGAUUCCAAGAUGAUGCAGAUACAUUGAUUCUUCACUAGACACCAAGUGAAUGUCUCUACAUCAUCUUGCUCUUUCUCUCUCUCUUCUUUUGUACAUAUCACCUUUUUUUUUCCUUUGACCCAAUUGGGUACAAUUACAAAUGGG